AUGACUCCUCCUAAGAUUGCAAUCAUCGGCGCGGGCCCUGCCGGUCUUACUUUGGCCCGUUUGCUGCAACACAACGGCAUCCCCUGUAUCGUCUACGAGGCAGAGGAGAACCGCCAUGCUCGCACACAGGGUGGCUGUCUAGACAUCCACGAGGGGUCAGCACAAGUGGCUCUGCGGGAGUGUGGUCUUUUCGAAGAGUUCCUUGCAGUUGCCCGCACGGAGGGCGAGGUAUUGAAGAUCUACCAGCCCGACGGCGCACUGCUGCUCGACGAAGGUUCCGACUACGGCGAGAAGCGCCCAGACUCUUUCAACGGACGUCCAGAAGUGGACCGGGUGAAGCUGCGCAGCAUGCUCAUUGACUCCCUUGAAUGGGGCAGUCUCCGCUGGGGCCACAAACUCAAGAAGGUCACCACUGAAGCAACGGGCACCCGUCUGCAAUACGACCUGCACUUCCACGACCACACCGAGACCGGGUUUGACCUGGUGGUUGGCGCUGACGGGGCCUGGAGCAAGGUGCGCCACUUGCUCACGGACACCCGGCCCAUUUUCUCGGGCAUCUCUGGCGUCGACUUCAAGUACAGCGCCAUCGACGAAAAGGACGCGGCUCUGGCCCAGCGCGUCGGCAAGGGCAUGUGCCUGACUCUUGGCAGCCACACGACUGUACUGUCGCAGCGGAACGGCGAUGGCUGCGUCCGGACCUACGGGUUCAUGCGGCUGCCGGAGGAUUGGCACACGACGUGCGGCAUCGACUGGACCCAGCCGCAGCAGGCCAAGCGGGAGUUUGUCGAUCGCUACUAUGAAGGGUUCAACGAUGACUCCAAGAAUCUCAUGCUGGAAGCCGACGACGAUUUGGUGCCUCGCCCCAUGUACAUGCUUCCCAUUGGUCACAAGUGGCAGCACCGUGCAGGUCUGACUCUUAUUGGCGAUGCCGCCCACUUGAUGACACCAUUUGCGGGAGUUGGCGUGAAUGUGGGGAUGGAAGAUGCUCUAGAGCUGGCACGGGCCAUCAUCGCGCGCAAGAGCACUUGGGAAGAUGGCCAGCCCUUUGCGGGUGCGAAUAGUCUCUCCGCCGCAGUGGGGCAAUACGAACAGGCCAUGUUCCCUCGUGCUGAAGGCUACGCCCGUGAGACGUGGAUGUAUCUGAACCUGUUCUUCAACGAGCGGGGCGGUCAUGCCAUGUGCGAACACUUCGCCAAAGCGAAGGAGCAGGCUAAGGAGGCUGCAGUGGAGAAGAAGCCUGAAGAGGCGGAGAAGACUGGGGAGGUGAAGGAGACGGUGGUGGAGAAGGCUAUUGCUGUGGAGUAA